AUGAAGCCAUUGAUUUGCCCAGCCCUUAAGAAAUUUUCAAUGGCUUUACUCCCAGUGGUGCUGUUUCUGACCGCUGUGCUGCUGCCAUCUUUCCCCACCGAAGGAAAGGAUCCAUCCUUUACUGCUUUGAUAACCACUCAAACUCAAGUCCAAAGAGAAAUUGUAAAUAAACACAAUGAACUAAGGAAAUCAGUCUCUCCACCUGCCAGCAACAUGCUAAAGAUGGAAUGGAGCAGAGAAGCGACAGCAAAUGCCCAGAAGUGGGCAAACAAGUGCACUUUAGAACACAGCGAUCCAAAUGAACGAAAGACCAGUACAAAAUGUGGUGAAAAUCUGUACAUGUCAAGUGACCCUAUGGCCUGGUCAGAUGCAAUCCAAAGCUGGUUUGACGAGCACCACAAUUUUGUCUAUGGUUCAGGACCAAAGAGUGCCAGUGCAAUUGUUGGACAUUAUACUCAGCUUGUCUGGUAUUCAUCUUUCCGUGUUGGAUGUGGAAUUGCCUACUGUCCCAAUCAAGAGAGUCUAAAAUACUACUAUGUUUGCCAAUACUGUCCUGCUGGUAAUAACGUGAGUAAAAAGAAUACCCCUUACCAACAAGGAGCACCUUGUGGCAGUUGCCCCGAUAACUGUGACAAUGGAUUAUGCACCAAUACUUGCGAGUAUGAAGAUCUCCUCAGUAACUGUGAUUCCUUGAAGAAAACAGCUGGCUGUCAACACGAAUUGCUCAAGGAAAAAUGCAAGGCCACUUGCCUGUGUGAAGGCAAAAUUUACUGA